AUGCAGACGCCCUUAGACCAGACCAGCGAUGCCAAUGGCAUCCGUUCCGUAGAGCUGGACGAAUCGACCGAGGCCCGUAUUGAGCGCCUCGGGAGAGAGCGUCCGCCAUGCUUUUCCAGCAUCUGGUCCGAGUCUGCCUUUUGCUUUUCGGUGUUGAUGUCCCAAAUUCUAACGGAAUAUUUCAUGACGGGAUCCAAUGUGAUCUUGCCAGAGCUGAAAGCAGCAUUCGAUAUCCCUGAAGCUUCCAUGGUGUGGCCCACCAGUGCCCUCUCUCUGGUUGUGGCUUCCACUCUGAUGGUGUUUGGUCGCUUGUCAGACAUCGUCGGCGGAUAUGUCAUCUACAUCUGCGGCGGCCUCUGGCUGACCAUAUGGUCCUUGAUUGCGGGUUUUUCCCAAAACAUGCUGAUGCUCGUCUUUUGCCGGGCAUUGCAAGGUCUGGGCUUGGCCGCAAUGCUUCCAUCUGGCGUCAUGCUCCUGGCGAUCACGUAUCGGCCUGGUCCGAGGAAGAAUCUGGUAUUCGGCUUGUACGGAGCAUGCGCGGUCCUUGGGUUCUUUGCCGGGAUCUUUUUCUCAGGCCUCGCCGGCCAGUACCUUUCCUGGCAUUGGUAUUUCUUCUUUGGCACCAUCUUCGCUGCCGUCACGACGGUAUCCACGUUUCUAUCCGUACCGUCCGACUAUGCGGAACAUUGCAAACAGCACCACGAGAUGGACUGGGCGGGGGCAUGUCUCACCGUGGCGGGAUUGGUGCUGUUCGUCUUUGCGAUUACGGAAAGCUCCCACGCCCCGCAGCGAUGGAGGACCCCGUAUGUUUACAUCUGUCUUAUCGCGGGGGCUAUAAUCCUGGCCGCCGCAGUCUAUGUCGAAGGAUGGGUUGCGAAGGCGCCGAUACUACCAGCUGACGUGUUUCGUGUGCCGUAUAUGAAGCCAGUCGUCAUUGCGCUGUCACUGGUGUACGGGGGGCUAGGGAUCUACCUGCUUUACGGCGUGCUUUACAUGACAACUUUCAUGGGAGCCAGCCCUCUCCAGAUCGUGGCAUGGAGUACCCCAAUGGUCGUUGGUGGUGUCCUCCUGUCCUCUGUCGGGGGUGCCGUCCUCCAUUUGAUCCCCGGGACGAUUCUCUUGAUUUUUUCCGGUGCCGGGUUUAUUGGAACGGGACUGCUAUUCGCACUGAUUCCGGAGGGGGGCGUGUACUGGGCGUGGGUGUUUCCUGCCAUGAUCUGCGCCACGAUCGGCAUCGACAUCACGUUUAAUGUGGCCAACGUCUUCAUCACUACCAGCGUACCGAGUGCGCAGAAGGGAAUCGCAGGAGGGUUGGUCAACAGUGUGCAGCACCUUGGGGUUGCGGUCCUCCUGGGGUUUGCAGACAUCACGCAGGCGGAAACGGCGCACCUGGGGUUGAGACAGAGUUACAAGGCGGUGUUUUGGUUCGAAGCCGGAACCGCGGGUUUUGCGUGCGCCGUCAUGGCGCUGUUUAUCAGGAUCGGGCGCGCCAAAAGCGACCUGACUGUGGAUGAAAAGCCGACGAGGAAGCCACCUACCAGGAUAGGUGAUGUAAAGCGAGACAGACUGCUGGUAUAUAUUGUCACUAUCACUAUCACUAUCACUACCUAUCAGUCAGUGGUCACAUGUAGAUUAUAUGAGGCAGAGGCAUUAUCUCAAUAUUAUUCCACAGAUUUACCUAUCUACCUAUCUAUCGAUCUAUCAAUCAAUCGAUCGAUCGAUCGGCUCCCACAGCUAAGACUCGUCCUGCGGGGUAGUAGUCAGCAGCGAAGUUCCGGCAGAGAGAAAACCUGGCAAAUCGAGCAUCUUCCAUCGAGUCACGUGGUGGAGAUGCGACGAAGAGGCGCGCCAGGCAACGCGAGCAGCCCGGAGACGCUUGGCAGAGGCCUUGGGGACGCGCUAGGCCGGAUCAGGGCAGGAGCGUCGCCGGGUGGACCGCAACGCCCAACGGCGAAGGUGGACGGGGUGCGCCAGCAGCAACUAGGUGCAUCUGCAGAACCAGAACCAGACCCGAACCAGACCCAAACCACCCAUUGCCUGAUCUCCCAGAUUCCUGGCCCCGAAUCGCAGCCUUCUUGUCCGCUCCGUACCUGGCCCUGGUUGGUCUGCCGCAGCGCGCGUGUCGACUUGCUCUCCUCCUACGGAGUACUGCGUCCUGCUCCUGCGUCCUGCCUCCUGGAGUCCUUCUGCCCACGCUUCCACCGCCCAGCCAUCCAAUCCAUCCUCCAUCGCGUCUCGCCGGAGACAUUGCUUGUCUGGUCCCCCCACGCCCAUCGUCGUUCGUGCCCCUUCCCCUGGAUCCGCGUCGGCACCCCUCCCUCAGCCCGGCCACUUCGCCCAUCAGACCCCAGCACCUCGCAAUCGCAAUUUCUUUUCUCUCGCCAGGAGAAAGGGGAUCGCGACAUAUACUACUACUGCCAGACCCCUCGCUUGGCUCCGCACUGUGUGGUCCCCCUGAGCCGGUGGGAUUCGCUAAGCUCGGCGCGCUUACUGCUUAGGUUACCUGCUACGGCCCUGUGUGGAACGGCCCUGCUGGCUCUGGUGUUCCGCCUCGUUGGUCCUCUCAGUGCCGCCUCAAUGGCUUCCAAGUUCUUGCGAGAAUAUAAGCUGGUGGUCGUCGGUGGAGGUGGUGUCGGGAAAUCAUGCUUGACGAUUCAAUUGAUCCAGAGCCAUUUCGUCGACGAGUACGAUCCAACAAUUGAAGACUCGUACCGCAAGCAGUGCGUCAUCGACGAUGAGGUCGCUCUGUUGGACGUUCUGGAUACCGCCGGCCAGGAGGAGUACUCGGCGAUGCGAGAACAGUACAUGCGGACAGGCGAAGGCUUCCUGCUCGUCUACUCGAUCACCUCGCGCCAGUCGUUCGAGGAAAUCAUGACCUUCCAACAGCAGAUUCUGCGCGUGAAGGACAAGGACUACUUCCCCAUCAUCGUCGUCGGCAACAAGUGCGACCUGGACAAGGAGAGAGUGGUUUCGCAAGAGGAGGGUGAGGCUCUGGCCCGACAGUUUGGCUGCAAAUUCAUCGAGACUUCUGCGAAGUCGCGCAUCAACGUCGAGAACGCUUUUUACGACCUAGUCCGCGAGAUCCGCAGGUACAACAAGGAGAUGUCUUCUUACCCGUCCGGGUCGGGUGCACCUGGUGGCCGUGCCCCCGAGGGCAAGCUCGAUGUCAACGAACCCGGCGAGAGUGCUGGCUGCUGCGGCAAGUGCAUCAUCAUGUAA